GCUUACGUAGUGGGCGAAAAAGGCAAUGGGCGAUGAAAAGGUUCUACUUGGUAUUACUUCAAUAAAUCCUCAUAUUUAUCAGACAUUUCUAACUGCCUGUUGCUUGCAAAUUUAACCCAGAAAUUUGAAAACAUUUUUUCGUUUAAACUACGCGUUUGGCUUCAACAAAGAUUCGCUGUCAAGCAGGAAUCUUCUCAAAUAAGGGCUUCGAUGACGAGUCCGUGAAGAUGUUUGUGCUGCUAACAUACUAAGUUCCCUGAUUGAAGACAUCGGAUGAAAAAUCGCUGCAACGCUACUGAUAACGUAAUGGACGACAAGGCAAAUGGGUCUGUUGACACCAAGAGUCCGGUGGAGAACGGUCAGAUGCCAGACCCUGCCAACUGGGGAGUCGCCGAUGUCGUGAACUACUUCAAAGCCACGGGGUUUGAGGAGCAGGCCACGGCUUUUCAAGAUCAGGAAAUCGAUGGGAAGUCCCUGCUGCUAAUGACGCGUAACGACGUCCUGACGGGGCUGUCAAUUAAACUUGGGCCCGCCUUAAAAAUCUAUGAAUAUCAUGUGAAGCCUUUGCAGACUCAACACCUGAAGAGCAACGCCUCGUAGCGCCGCGGCCCGUCCUCGUCCGAACACUCACCUUGGUGACAAUCACGUCAGGAGAUUCCAGGUUAGCUGCUGCCUCACAGGCCUCCGUGGCCCUGGUGGCACCUUUUCACAGGACUUGAAUGUUCUGUGUUUAUAUAAGCUAGGCUCCAACAAUGAGUUGAACAUUGAGUUCCUCCUAAUGUUUGUUAAACCCUUUGUACCAUUUUCAUUUCUGCUGCUUGAUGUGCGGUGGUGUGCAGAAGUCCUGAGCCGAGCCUGACAUUUUUCAUCCCAGAAAAUGUGACCAGUUGUAAGUUUGUGCAGCUGGUGUAAACAUGCAAGGAUUUUUUUUUUUUAAGCAGAAGUGAACUUUAUGAUUACAGUACUUUUGUACUUCUUAUUUGUGAUGACUCCCCCGCCUCCCUGUUUUAUCUGAAAUCCUCAGGAAUAUUAUUUUAACACCUGGGGUCAUCCCAAAACUAAUUUUAAGAUGUUGUUGAUAUCAGACAGCCAGCCAAUCAAGCUGUUCUCAAAUGGCAGUUGUUGAAACAGUGUGUUGAUUUAUACUCGAUCAUGGUCCCAAAGAUUUUCGACCAUGUUACCAACACUGUGGGUGUGAAUCAUAUAUUAUUAUCUAGCCUGUUUUUAAUACGGUUUUUAAAACAUUUCAUUAAAUGCAAUGAGAG